AUGGUCCUGCGCGACGGAGCGCUGCCAGUCGUCCAGCCGGCACGUCCAGUACCACUGGCCCUAAAUGAGCAGCUUCGAGAUGAGCUGGAGAGCAUGGAGCGGGAAGGCAUAAUCGCGAAAGUGACUGAUCCUACAGAAUGGUACGUCGCCAACACCAGCCAGUGCUUCAGCAACAUCGGACAUUCGGGACAGAUCGCCGCCUGCGUCAGCAGCAAGGCAAGCAAAACGGCCCCGACACCUGAAGUAUGCCUAAGACGACAUUGCAGCUACAUCCCAGCGGCUGAGCUUGGAGUGGUGCGCUUCCUGGGAAUACUGAUGUUCACUGCGCCCCUGGUGAUGAUCAGUCGCAUGCAUCCACUCGGGACAGAAGGCGUGCGGGCGCUGCUCGUCUUGCGAGGCCUUCUGGGAGCCACGAGCCUGUUCCUGCGGUUCUACGCCAUCCACCACAUGCCCAUCGCCGACGCGUCUGUCAUCAUCUUCAGCGUACCCGUGUUCGUGUCCGCGCUAGCAAGGAUCUUCCUCAAGGAACCGUGCGGUCUUUUUCACGUAGUUGCUGUGCUUGUCACCCUGGUUGGUCUUGCGCUGAUCACAAAGUUACCAUUACUUUUCGGCGGAGUGUCAGAAGCAAGAUUCCUGCAGAGUCGCGGGGUGAUCGCUGCUCUUUCUUCGACAGUGUUUGGCGCGAGCGUCUACAUUGUGGUGCGCAGGCUCCGAGACAUCCACCACUCGGUAAUAAUGUUCAACUUCGCCUGGGUCGCUAUUCUGGAGACAGGUGCCAUCGCCCUGCUUACCACGUCGUUGGUGCUUCCCCGCACGGCCUUUGACGGCUGCCUGCUCGUUGCUCUUGGUGCUUUCAGCUUCGGUGGGCAGCUACUUCUGACGCGUGCCCUACAGCUAGAACAGGCUGGACCCGUGUCGAUGGUUCGAUCAGCCGCUGACAUAAUAUUCGUGUUUGCUUGGCAGGUGGCGUUCUUCGGUGAAGUGCCUGAUCACUAUACCGUGUCUGGUGCCGUCCUUGUCAGCACUUGCCUAGUCUUCACAGGUUUGCGGAAAUGGAUUCUUGGUCUUCCCGAGAAUUCGGGCAUGCGGGCAAGGAUGGCGUGGCUACUCUUGUAAAAUCAGGGAUACUGUUGGAAUCGCCGAGGUACAGUCAAUUAUUAAUCGGAAUAAUAAAGCGGCAGCCAAAGCCACUUCAUAAUGGUGCAUUGAUGAUUGCGUCAGAUAUGUUACAUGACGUUCUCCGCUGCAUAGAGGAAGCGUGCCCAAAUUUACAUAAACAAUCGCCAAGAAAAAUCAGUAGGUGCCAUAACGAAAAGCGUCAAUGUAGGAGCAGUGCACCUUAAAGGAUGAUAGGAGCCGUGAAGGCAGGAGGCUUCUUGAGUGCUCCUAGUUGUUUCGUUAUGCGCGCAAAUAAAUUAUUUCCCCCAAAAAAUUAUGCAUUAAACAACGUUUAGUUCACGUAAACUGCUCCAGCUCGUUCAGAGCCUCUUGGUGAGAGCUACCUCGGACCCUGUAAAGAAGUUGAGCUGCUUCGAUACUUAAGACUGCAAGUGAAGUGUAAAACACAGAUACACGUAGGUUACACCUCAUUCACUCCUAUACUUGCCCGUCUGAAUGUGCUACAUGUAUUUAAAAUACGAACACGUCAUGUGCUUUUGUUUUCUGCGCGUAAAAACGCGCAAAACGCGUAAAAACAUCAACGCGUAAAAACAUCAAUCCAUGAUUAUCCUAAUGUGCCUCACCUAACGGUUGUUCUACUAGGUACUCGUCGUCAUGGUUCACUUGCUAUGGUGGUGGGCGGCUUUGCAAGAGAACGCGGGUUCGAUUUCUGGCUGCUGUGACCGCACAUCAAAACUAGUGUAAAUAAAAAAAAAGAUCGUGUACUAUGCUUUUAACGCAAGUCAACAAUCCCCAAAUAGCCCAAAUUACUUGGCAACCCUCUGCUUCAGCGUUCCUCACAAACCACUGGGCAGUUUGCCACAUUAGACUUCACAAGUUGUGUAUUGAAGUAUGUGUAAAAAGAAUUGCAAAAGUUUCCAUGGCAAAAAAUUGAAUGCAUAAAUUGUCAUUUUGUUCUGUACAAUGCGGUCUCAUUUGUUGGUGUGAGCACUGAAAUUGA